GGAGCAGGCGGUUCCUCCCUCCGAGCACGUAGCUUUUGCUCCGGGAGCGGCUCCGAGGUGGGCUCGGCGCGGGGGAUGCCUGCGCCGAAACCGCGGACCCGGGGCGGGCUGGCGGGGGCUCGGGGCUGCCCCGCUCCGCCGGCGGCCGCCUGGGGGAGCGCUGCCCAGCUCCUCGGCUGCCCUGCUCCCCGGCUCCCCGCCUCCCACCGCCGCAGCUCCGAGCGGCCCAGAGCCUCCCGGUGCCUCUUGCGAGCCCGCCCGGGUUGUCUCUCCCUGCCGCCGCGGCGGGGAGGGCACCCCGGCGCAGCCCUCCUCCCUCCAUCUCUCCCUCCCUUCUUCCCUCCCUCCCUCUCUCUCUCCCUCCCUCCGCCGCACACCCCGAGGAAGGGCUUGUUUUCCUGCCCGGAUGAUGAAUUUCUCCGCAAGGUCAUCCCUGCCCGCGGCGGCGGCGCGCCCGCAGCUCCCCGGGCGCCGCCGCGGAGAUUAGCUAUACAGGAAAACUGUUGCUGGAAGCCUGCCCCGUUGGACCCGCCACCCUGCGAGAGCCCGAGCAGGAGGAGCUGACAGUGAGCCGCAUCCCUGGGGCAGUCCAUGGGGACUGUACCACAUCCCCUGGGACCUGCCAAGCUCUCCCUAGCUGCCCCUCCCGAGGAGAAGGACUGCUCAGGAGACCUGCUGCCUGCUAAGCACCAGCCCAAAGCUGCUGAUGAAGAGAGGGCCAGCAAUGGCUUCCCCUGCUCUGCGCCAGGCUCCGCAGCCGCUCGCACCUGCAGCCUGAAGCACACCGGCACCCAGAGGCAGGAGGCGUGCUGCAAGGAGGAUGCUAACCAGCAAGCUGUGCUGCUUCCCGGGCUCUCCAGCCAGGCUGUGGAGGGGUGUCUGGCAGGCAUAGGGCCAGCCCCGGCGGUGGAGGCGGCAGGGUGUGGGCCAGACAUGAUGCCAGCUCCCCAGAGCUCCCGGCAGUUCGUGCAGGGCGGCCAGGCGAAAGCGAGCCCCCUGGCGCAGGUGGAGGACUCUGCCUUGAAACCUCAGGGGACUGAGGAGCAGCCAGCUCUCCAGGUGUUGCAGUGUUCCUCCCCGGGCAGCCCGGCCAGGGGUAACGAGUCGUGUCUCACCUCUCAGGCAAGCCUUCUGCAAAGAGAGGGAAAAGAGGGGGGAGCAGAAGCCGACGCUGCUGCCUGCCAGCCCGCCUCUCCGGUGAGGGACGGGAACACUGCCACCGAUGCUGGGAGAGAUCCACAGGCGGCUGUGGUGGCAAAAAGCGGGUCUGCAGGUCCUGAGCAGCUGUGUCCUGCUGAUCAGACUGAGGCGACGCAGAGCAGCAGGGCACCGGCCCAGCUCAGCUGUGAGGGCACACGUCCCCGAUGUGAUGCAGACACUGAGCCGGGGAGCUCGGGCCCCACCCAGCUCUCCAAAUUCAGAGAGACGGGUACGAUGACGGUUCAGUCAGAGAGCAGCUCUUUAACUCAGGAAGCAGCAAGCAGGACGUGGCGAGAUGCCGAGGUUCAGGCCGUAGCUACUGUGGAGAAUAAAUCAGCUUCCACCAGCCCCAGCAUCCUCGCUGCCUUCUUAAAAGGGAACCCUCCUCCAGAGGAGAAGGAAGAACUGCACAUCAUCUACCAAGGCAGCGCGGGGCUCAGCCAGUCUGAACUUGUUAACAGCUUCUCCUCGCAGCAGAAGCCCCCAUAUUCUCCUGGUACGGCAUCAAAAUUGACUGUCGUUACGGCUGUGGCUGCUACAGCCCAAAGCCAGCCUGUCGGGCUGCCUGGUGUCCCACCUGACACAGCGUCCCCAGGCUCAGCAGACAAUGCAGAACCCACCCUCCCCUUCUCCCCUGCAGCCAUCACCUCCCGAGGUACGCCUGUGGAUAAUGCUGAAGGGCCGGGCCCAGCCAGCAGCGCUGAGGCUGCUCCUGCGCUGCCAACAGGUGCUGCAGCCCUGUCGAAGCCAGCGCCUGCCCAGCAGCUUGCCCUCAGCCCCAGUGAUCAACCCGCAGCACGGUCUGCUGCCGGUGAAACAAACGUCACGUCUGCUGCCAGAACCGAGAGCAAGGUGCAGUGUCUUGUCCAUGACGCGGGAGGCAGCCGGUUACCUUCACUCUGUAACGUGCAGAGUGAAACCAAGCAGAGUGAGGCCCUGGGCGGCUCUGAGCAAAAGCCAGUGCCAUGUAAGGGUGCGAACGAAGUGGAGGCGAUUCCUCAAUCUGUGGUAAAAACAAAGGGAGAAAACUUGAUGGUGCGUGAUGCCCAGGGAGGGGUAAAUGCCGGCAGAGAGCCCGUCGGUGGAAAGGCUUGCUCGGAGGAGGUGGGUGAGAAGGAGCAGAGCGGACGCCAGGGUGAGAUGAGGCUGACUCCGACAGCCAGCAGGCAGGCUCUGCCGGUGGGACCAGUGGCUGCUCCGAGCUGUAGCUCUGGACACGUCACCCCUCUCCUGGAGGCUUCGGCAGCUCCCCAGCAAGCCAAGGAGUCCAAGCGUGAGCUUCGUGCUGCAGCUCUUCCUUCUUCGGUUCAGGCCUUGCCAAACCGUGGGGAAAACAAGAAGCAGCCCGCCUCCGCCACGGAGGCGAAAGUGCAGGUGAAGCAAUCCAAGCACGUUAGGGAUGUUGUCUGGGACGAGCAAGGCAUGACGUGGGAGGUCUACGGUGCUUCCCUCGACCCCGAGUCCUUGGGAAUCGCUAUCCAGAACCACUUACAGAGACAAAUCCGGGAACAUGAGAAACUGAUCCGGGCUCAGAACAGUCAGAACCGGAAAUCCAUUUCCUCAGACACGUCCUCGAAUAAGAAACUGAAAGGGAGGCAGCAUAACAUAUUCCAGUCCAUGCUGCAGAAUUUUAGGCGUCCCAAUUGCUGUGUCCGACCUGCUCCGUCAUCUGUGUUAGACUGAAGCGGUCCGCAGGGGUGGGUGGAUAUGUGCAGUGGUAGUGAGAAUCCUUCCCCUCGAGUCUCAAGUCCUGCUGUUCAGUUGUGUUAUUGGGGUUGCAGUGCAGCAACAGUGGAAAUUAUUGCCCUUUGUUUUCUGAGUAGCCACUCACUCCGUCAUGCCUUCGUCAUUGCCACAGCUGGUGUGUAUUUCCACAUGGUGCCCCCAUCCCGUCCACCGUCAGAUGAGAAGCUAGGCACUUAGCAAAAGCACAAAUUUGCAUUGCCACCUUGUGGCAGGGAGAACAGCAUCUUCUGAUAAAGCGCGAAGCAGAGGGAUUGUGAGGAUCGUUGUCGGAGAUUACUGGUAUGCAUCACAAGGUCUUAUGCAGGGGGAUAGGCUGGGGGAAGCUGGAUGAGGGGAAACUAAGGUUAAACAGCUGUUUAACCGAGCAGUAAAGCGAGACAACUUUCCUUAUGUUUAAGUUACCUACACUGAGGCAAGGCUGUAAAAAGGUUAUGAACUGUUGGUGCCGUGGCGCACAGUUUUUAGGUGAGCCUGAGUGAGACGGUUCUUCUUUUUCCCUUGAAACGGAGAAUGAAGGAAAGAGUGAGGAUCAGGGCUGAAGAACUCUUUGGGAGAAGAAGUUGAGUAAAUGGGAUUUUGAUGGCUGGAAGGGGAGGUGAGAGAGGAGUGUGCGAGGUGUGUGCAAGCAGGCAGUGCCUGCAGGUGAGGCCAGCCACGAGAGGACACGCAGCCAGGUCUCCUGGCACAGUGACACACCAGCCCAGGCUCUCAGCAGCCUCCAGAAGUGCUGAACGCUGCUCCUGUAAAACACUUUUUAAAGUGGUGUGGGUCUUUUUUCUCUCUCUAGAGAUGCACGGUGAUGUUUUAAUGUAGGAGCAGGCUGUGCUGUGCACCUAGGUCCAUGAGCCUACAUGUCUACUGUGUUACACUGCUCUGACUUUUUAAGCCCUUACCCGAAUCUGCUCCUUUUUUUUUUUCUUCAGUAUAUUGGUGCUUUUCUCGCUGCCUUUCAUAAACUUAAUGCCAUUUAUUUAGCCUGUGCAUAUCUUGUUUUACCAAAUGUUCUCUAUAUUAUAAACCGUUGUACUGUUAACUUGAAGCAUUUACUUUACAGAAGUAUUGAAAUCUUGAGACAAUCUUUACUGUAUUUCUAAUGUUAGAGAAGUUGUAGCAUCUGCCAAUAAAAGGUAGCUUAGUGACUGUUUCUCCAGAAGAGUGAUGUACAAUAAUGUCUCAACUGUACAUUUGUCACAUUUCUCAGCUUAACAACAUUUUUCAACCUGGGAAAUGCUUCUCACUAGCUUUUCAUUCUGUCCACUAGCGUUUACGGUAGGCUGGGGAACUCCUGCAGUUUAUAGAAAGUUUAUUUUUCAAUCCUGCAAAGCACCAGGGAUUGGGAUAAUGUAAUCCUGCCGAGUGCUAGAGUUAAAUAGGAGUUAAUUUUAUCCCAUUAAAGAUUUUUCAUAAAUCAUGAUGAUAACUUAUUUCUGUCUGUGGUACCACACAUCCGACUUACUCUGUAGAUCUUACAACACAGUGUAAACAAAUGUGAAUAUCCUUUCUUUUUUCUUUUUCUAUGAAGCAGCCGUGAGGUGGUCCGCUUGUAUUUAGGAGGCCAGACUUUUUGAGUGUAUUGACUGCCGAGCUUUCAAAGCAGCUCUUUCAGGGCAUUUUUUUUUUCCCCCAGGUAGGAGGUAAAAUACUGUAAGGUUUCUGUAAUGGACAGUAUUUCAACCUACUUCAAUGAAAGUUGUGGCCCCUAUGCUUGGUACUUCUAAUUUACACCUCAUUUUCCUCUGGUAUACAUUUGGAGUUCUGUGGCACCUCCUCAUUCCAUGUCUGUACAUUAUUUCAAGUUGUCUCCCACCUGAUGCUGAACUGGUGAAUCUGAAAUACCACAUCAGAGGGUGACUUCCCAUGUCUGCCUCCUAGGAGGAAAGUCUCCCGUCUUUUUUUUUGUUAGUACUGCUGUUUCCGUUACCUUCCUAGCAGUGUCUGAGAUGUGAGUUUCUGUGAAAUUUUGUGUGGGAUUAAUCUCGGCAGCAUCAUUAGGUAUGGUUAGUUGACAAGUUCGGUGUCUUUUACCACGUUGUGUCUGUGUCAACCAUGAAGAGGUUCCCAGAGUUUUCUGUGGUGUUUGCUGUCUCCUGUCCAGGUCCAAGGCUUCGCGCAGCUCCUUCCUACACCUUCACCUCCCUUCUGCCAGCUCCCUCUUUAGCUGCUGUCUAGCCUGUCCUCCUGUGAAACCUUGUCCUUUGACUGAGCUCGCAUCCCUCCCUCCACUGCCCUCCUCAUUGCCAGCUUGCUCUGAACUGUCCCUUUACAAAUGUGUCCGGUCUGAAUAUAUAAAUGGAUUGUCAUAUUCUUCCCAAGGAGAAUAAAUGGAUGUCGUGCACUCAGCAAUUUCCAUGAACUUUAUCCUUUAGCUCAAGCGCUCCUAAAUGUUUCUACAGUAUGGGUAUGAAUGGCUUUACAGAGGCCAAACUGGACUUAGCAAUGAGUAAGCACUGCAAUUAACACUUCUUCACGAGGAACCAGAGAUCUCCAGGUACCCUGCAGCUGCUCCCAGCUGUGAGUCUGCACCAGCCGGUCCACUCCCACCUUCCCCCCACACCCACCAACCUUUCUUCCAGGGAAAUUUCACCAAUACUGAUGUACAGCAAAAUGCAGGCAGGUAAAUUACCAACUGGAUGCAUCUAAAUAACUGCAUGGGCAUAGCUGGAUACACCACGGUGCUCAGCAGAGCGUUGUGGUUUUGUGUGCUGUGAAAGUACUCAUGCACAGGCAACCUGCAAAAUGUCAGCAACACCGUCUUGUGGGCACGGAGCUCCUGCAGGCGUGCAUUCACAGCCAAGCAAUAUCGUGCCAAAAAAAAAAACACACAAAAAAUGAGUCAGUAAUCACCAGCACAUCUCAUGUGAAAUAUUUUAUGAUUUCACUUCGCCUUGCUAGUGCAGCCUGUAGGCAGCCUGCUAGCUUUACGCUGGCAAUUUAUGCUUUCUCGUGCAUACAAUGUUUAGAUGAUUUAUGUGAAUCCUCGGAGGGAUGAUGCAUGUUUCACCAGAAGGAAAACAUAUUUUGGGUAGCAAUUAGCAAAUACGUGUGUGAAUAGUCCUUUAGCAGCCAAGAACGACUGUUCUUGGUGUCACAUCAGUGUCAAAAAUAGAAGUUACUGUAUGGCAGAGGGCAGGGGGAGGUGAUCCACGUGCCUUCAUCCUCUUCUUUUUCCCUGCCCUGGGAGUCAGCACCACAGAGUGUCAGUUCAGUGGUUAACAAGCCAGGAAAUUAAUUUGGGAUAAUAAAAAGAGGGCUCAAAACAGAAAUUACUUUGUCAUUCCCAAGAGUAAAUAUGUACGAGGAAAAAGAAAAACAAAGGACCUGUGUUGCAGCCCGGACAGCUGAAGUAACUCGGUGUGUUGGAAGCUUCAAAAAAUCAAAAUUCAGUUCGGUGGAAGAUGAGAAACUGUGGCAACAAGCUUAUUGUCAGAGGACCUCUGUCAGUGCAUCUUCUGGGGGGAUUGGUGUGGCCAGAACCUAAACCAAAACAGGUAAUAGGAAUGCAAAUCUGUAUUUCAAUGUUUCCAAUAUAAAAGAUGAAUUGAAGGAGAGCCUGGCUGCAGGCAGCUUGCAGCAUGGCCCCAGAUCUCGUGUUGGCUUAGGAAAAGAAAAGAAAAAAAAAAAAAAAAAAAAAGCAAAGAAAGAUCUGGAGACAAGGAGGAAAACACCUGUCUUCCCUAUUUCAGAGGUAGGAAACCUCCCUUUGAACGUAUAGGAAGGAAUUGCUGAGAAAAAUGAGGAAGAAAGGACCAAAUGAAAACUAAAACGUAGGUGAUAUGGAUCCUUCAUGAGGGUAUUUCUAUUCCUAUGUCCAUAAAGCCACUAUUUUACUAAACUUUUGCAGUUGUCCCCAUUUGUUCAUUCUGAGCUCACACGUUUUUCAUGUUCUUGGUGUCCCGUGUUUUUUAGGAAAAUGAACAUUUCCGAAGGCUGCAUAUUUUGCUGGUGUGUACAGGUAUAUCCAAAUACAACUCAACAAAACUGAUCUGAUAAACUAGCUGGUGAUCCCAGCAGGUGAACAGCCGCAGUUUAUUACCACUGCUGUCACGUAAGAGCUUGUAAAAAUGCAUUGUUCAGAGAAGUACCUUCAAGGGAUUCAGAAAAAGUGAAUAUAUGCCCUAAAGAUAAUGCUAACUUUUGUCUUGAAAGUCAUGACUGCUUUGAAAUGUUAAAGUUGGAAGCGGAAAUGCAAACGAAAACCAGUGUUGAGGUUGAUGGGAGAUUUCUUUGUGAUGCUAUUGGUUUUCAGUUUGGAAAUUUGGUGGAAUCUACCACAUCUCCCACAUCAGCAUUUUAUUACUUAGCACAGUUUGUAUAAGCAUAAAAGUAAAAUCUGUAUUAGUUUAUUAGGCUGAUUCUCCAUUGCCUUGCUCCGUGUCUAUCUCUUUACACCUUUUAAAAACGAAUUCAGAAGGUUACCAAGGCAGAGUAAACCUUUCACAGGCAGCUUAUGGAGAUGGUGGCUCUGGGUGAGAGACCUGUUCAUCAAGCGCCGUGGCCUGGAGUAAAACAAACCCUCUUAUAACCUUUUUUUUUUUUUUUUUUUUUUUUUUUUCUGUUUUAGUAGCAUCUCAGACUUUGCUCAUUUAUUUUUUUAGUCACUGCGUGAUGCUUCUAUGAGUGGUCAGUGUUUUCACAGCCAUCCCAAAAGUAUGCAGAUAGAUUCCUACCCAAAUGCUGCACACUACCAAAUAUCUCUGGAGUUGCAGGAUGCUACAGUGGCCCAUGAGCCUGAAGGUCAGUUUCUGUACAUUAAAAUGGCUGAAAUGUUCUCUUAGGGGCCUAAAUUUCAUUAUUUCACCUGCGUUAGUAUAGAUAUUUAAAGUUCUGAUCAGGUGAACUGAUCUGAACUGAAAUGAACACCAUUCAUUUCUUUGAAGCUCUGAUAUUUACUAAUUUAUCUGCUGCGUCCCUUUCUGACUAGCUCUUCCUUCCCAGUAUUUAUAACCUGGAUUUUGAAUCAAAUCCUGGCAAGGAAUAUUUUGUGAUUUGAAACUUAUCCUUCAUCAUUGAGGCUUUUUUAACAAAGAAACUGAUAGAGUCCAAACACACAGAGAGGAAAUAUUUUUUCCUCUAGGAAGACGUUUGCUGUAGGUCACCUUGCGUGUGCAUACAUGUCCAAGUACACGUUUAAAAGGGCUGUACACGUGUGCAGCUCUCAUGCAUUACUCACACUCUAAUAUUUUUCCCUUUCCUCUUUCUGACUGAAUGCCGGAGGAUCAGCAUUUUCUACAGUUUUGAGGCAAGUUUAGAUCAUUCUUCGGUAGACAGACAAGGAUUUUAUCUUUACUUGGUCUCUAAAAAAAAUCCCAUCGCUCUGGCUAAAAUAAAAGAGUUGGCCAACCUCUGUGUCUAGAGAAAGAACUGCCAACAGAAAGCACAGUGGCUUGGGUGUACAGAGAUACACUGACUCCAGAACUUUGUGGAUAUCCACACUUAGUUUGGGUUUCUGCACAAAGACCGAUAGCAGAGGGGUGAUAGCAAGCAUCUGAGCUCAUUAGGGACAGAAUCACAUGAACCAAGUCCUUCUUGACGUACUAGACCUUGAGGUUUUGUUAGGUUUCUGCUGAGACUGACAACCUCUGGGGUAGAAAUAAAUGAUGGCAAAGUCUCCAGCAGUUGUGUGCUGCAGAAUCCAAGACUCUUGAGAUGUUUCUCAAGAUGGAUCAGCAGCUCAUCUAGCUGAUCCAUACGUUAGAGGGUUCUCCCAAAAACACGUCCUCUAGCUCAGUUCACAAUAAGUAGUUUCAAGUAUAUCAAACCCAGGUUUAGACACUGACCUGAAGAGUUUCAGUAGCAGGGAAGAGAAAGAUCUAAGUGUUCAUGGUAUAUAAAACCAAGCCUCAAGCCUGAAGUUAAGGUCUCAGUAGCACACUGGAAAGUGAUGGGAGUUUGUACCCAGAGCUAAAGGGAGAGUGGGUGGAUGACCUCUGAAUUCCUGCCUGUUGCAAGCACCAUAAAAAUGAUGGCCAUAAAUCAGUCAGCAGAAGAAGAAAACCAAUUUUGGAGCUUCUAAUGAUGACUAAUAUUAUUGUGGCUUUAUUAUUUUUAUAGUUAUACUGACUGAAUGUGAUGUACUGUACAAAGUAAAGCUAGUUUUAGGCUUCGAGAUGUACCGUAGCAUUUAUUCGAGACAUACCAACAGAAGUUUGCAUGUGAAGAAAUCUUACAAUGAUAUAAAGCAAUGUUACCCACCUGAUUGACUUCCUUAGGAAUUUAAUGUUUUGCUGUUUUACAUCUUCUGGUUUCCAUGCUGAGUACAAUAAAAUUAACACUGUCUUAA